AUGACAGCUGCUGUUCCCGAAACAAAUCCCACAGCCUCACCACCAGCCAAGCGCGUCAAGACCAUCGAAAUGUCCUCCGAGCCCGCCCUCCAAGUUAAGAAGCUGUCCGCUACAGCUCGUCUGCCCACGCGCGGCAGCGACUUUGCUGCUGGCUACGACCUCUACGCUUCCAAGGAGACUGUUAUCCCUGCGCGCGGCAAGGCCCUCGUUUCCACGGAUAUUAGCAUUGCUACUCCUCCCAGCACAUACGGCCGCAUCGCACCCCGCUCCGGCCUCGCAGCCAAGCACUUCAUCGACACCGGCGCCGGCGUCAUUGACGAGGAUUACCGCGGCGAGGUCAAGGUUCUUCUCUUCAACCACGCCGAAACCGACUUUGAGAUCAAGGAGGGCGACCGUAUUGCUCAGCUUGUCUUGGAGCGCAUUGCUACCCCCGCCGUCGUCGAGGUCCAGGAGCUUGCGGAGAGCACCCGCGGCGCUGGUGGCUUCGGCAGCACUGGCACCAACUAG